CUCAAGUGGACUAUUUAGUAGACUGUGACUUCUGUAGACCUAUCUAGAUCCAGAUGUGUUCUAUAAAUAUGUUUAAUACUUGCGUUAUAGUCCUACAUCCACGAUACAUCACUUCAUCAAUUUCUAAAAACUUUCAGCUCUAGACUCUGCUCUCUUUCUAUAUACACAUCGUAUGAGAACUACAUCACACUAGAGUUUAUUCCCUGUGUGCAAUAGAACUAAAUUACAUUUUGAAAGUAGACAGAAUCAAAGUCAAAGAUUUUACUACUAAAGAAUGACAGAUGACUCCAGAGAUCCACAUAGCUUCUACGUUAAUUUUUUAUACUUCGCACUAGAUAGUAAUUAAUCCAACACACAUACACAUUAAAGACAGAGCCAGGGUCAGACUUCUACAGAUCAUUAUACAUUCUGAAAGUGUUUAUAUACUUAUUUCAAUAUAUAAUCUCUACUCAUACUUAAGACGGGCUCAAAAAGGAACUAGUAUAACUCUGAAAACUUGUGAUAAUAGUGUAACAUUGAGUAAAAUGUAACUGAUCAGCAGUAUCGAAGGAGCAACUUGUUUCUGUAUCAUUAUUUGAUAUGGAUCAAUGUUUAAACCAAUCGUAUUCGAUUUCGUUGAACACACGAGCAGGAGUAAAUUCUGUAUGAAGUCACACUUUCAGGAUGAGUGACUUAGACUAUGAUUGACUUUAGGGUACCAUAGCUGCGCUGUGACCCACUGGCAUGAUGUAGUCUAAGUAUGGCCUUCUUUCAGAGGUACCAGUCUGCGCCCACUUUGUUAGCCGUUGGGGAUAACACGUACGUGGUGACGGGGCUCAAUCCAGAGUUUGGUGACGACGAUGGCUCUGACGGCGACGAAUCCGUUUAUUCCGUCAAGGUUGUGGAGGCUAAUAAGCCUUCUUUGGAUGUGUCCCCUGGGCAGCAGGAAGUCACCCUUAGAAAGAAACGGCAGGCGCCUCUACCUCCGCUUACUUCCACGGCGGAACCAACUAAGCAAUUGCUCCGAUCGAUCAAUUCCACCGACUCAUCCGAUAAUCAGAGCCCUAACACUUCCACGGAGAGCGACAGCCUGCCCGCGUUAUCUCGGAGCUCCCUUCAACUCUCCGACUCUGACCAAAACACUCUUACCCCACAAAAAGAGCGCUCCAGAUUUCACAAGUUUCGGUACGCGCUCCGCUCACCACAAAUCGGCCGGAGCAGGUCCAAGAAGGAAAAGCGCGAGUUCAGCAGAUCGAUGACGAUCAGAUCAAUCGCUGAAGACGAGUCCAGUGUGAAGAGGAGGAACAACGCCAGCGACUCGGAAAAGUCGUCUCCCAAGUUUCGACAAGGGGAGGCCAUGGAUCCAGUAAUAACAAUGUCCAAGUGGAUAAUAGCUGUAGGCUGUGAUGAUGUUGAGACCGAGCAAGAUUUUGAGAUAACCAAAGUCUCUGAUUAUGGCAAGUUCCUGGAAGAUUUGGUACAAGAACCAGAACGAACACCUGAAGAAUGUGAUUUCUUGAGUCAAAUCAUAAGAAGAGUUCGAGCCAUGGUCAUUGACAAUAAUGCUAGCUUGAUUUCAAGUUCAACCCUGACAAGUGAAAUAGAUGUCACAACUGGCAAUGACGUGGAUGACAGGAGCAUGGAUGACUCUGUCAGCAGAGGUAGCGACAUAAUCCAUGAGAGUAAUGUGGAUAAUCGAGAAGAUUCCAAUAGCUACAGGAGUGACACUUCAAGUCUUGAUGUCAGAUCAAAUGACAUCUCUGUGGUUAUUGAAAUGGAUCAUUCACCAAGCAACUCAUCUUUUUCAAGUGCCGUUUUGUUCAAACCACCUGCUGGUUCACGCUGGUCCACGUCAGGCAUACCACAAAAAUCAGAUUUUCAAUUAAUCAAAACAUCCAGAGAUUUCAGUCGCUUGUUGGUUAAAGAAACCUCCGUCAGACUAGCAGCUGGAAUGCAAACACAAGAACGCUAUUUGUUUUUAUUAUCUGAUCUUCUGCUGGUUGCUAAAUGCAAAACCAACACUGUGUUCAAGUUGAAGUAUAAAGUAUCUCUGCGAGAUUUGUGGCUAGCUGCAGGCAAUGAUGAAGUCUUUGAGAGUUCCACACCAGCAGAACGAUCUUUUGUUCUGGGCUGGCCCACAACUAACUACGUAGCCAUAUUUCCCAGUGAAGAGGUCAAGGGCGAUUGGUUCAAGGUCUUAUCUGAACGAAUGACAGAAGAGAAAUCCAAAGACUCCAAUGUCUGUGUUCCACUGACUGUUGUCUCACGAGAUUUACUGAAGAAAACCUGUGAGAUUACUAUCACCAAUACAACUACUGCCAACUCUGUCUUACAAGCUUGUCUGGAGCAGAUGGAUUAUGAUCCAAAUGAAGUACAGAACUUUCAACUCUGGGUCAGAAGCGGCAAAGAUGGAUCCCCGUACCCUUUGUUUGGUCAUGAAACACCAUUUUCUAUCAAAUUCAAUCUACUUCAUGAAACGUCCAAGACAAAAUCUAGAGAUGACAGACUGAGAACAUCCACUAGUGCAGCCUUCAUAGCAGAAGAAAAUCCAAAAUGUGAAUUUUUCAUCAAGCAAAAGAAGAGUCAGAAAAAAUUUUUAGAGAAUACCUUUCAAAAAUCCAUGAAGAAAACUCGAAGAUCUACAAACUUUAUCAACAAUUUUUUGAAAAGACUCCGUCCAGCUCAACCAUCAGUCUUUGGACAGGCAUUGGAUAAUAUAUGUGAUGAGAAUCACAACCCUCCUGAUGCUAUUAUUAAACUGAUGAUUUGGAUUUAUCAAUAUGGACCUUCUAAAGUUGGAAUUCUUCGCCGUGGAAACAAUGCCUCUAUAGGCAAAGAACUUCGUGAAAAAAUUGACAAUGGAAUAGCAUUUGAACUAGAUGACAGUCUGACUCCCACAGCUGCAUCAGUAUUUAAGGAGUUUAUUCGGCAUAUCCCAGAAGGACUUAUGCUUAAAGAACUGCACACAGAAUGGAUAAAGAUAAAGAUUGAUGACCCAGAUAAUGAAAAAAUUCAACAAAUAAAAAAGGUGUUGGACCAAUUGCCACCUGCUCAUUUUAAUCUACUGAAGAUGACAAUGUGUUUACUUCAACAUUUAGCCAAGCAUAGUUCAUUUACUCAGAUGGGACCAAGCAAUCUAGCCACAUGUAUUGCACCAUCAUUUUUUUCUCAUGGUGCCAGUGAGGCUCGGAAGAGCAAAAAAGAACAUGAAAAUCUGGAAAAAACUUUCCAUGAAAUCACACAAUUUUUGACACCUCUCAUCACCUUUAUGAUCAACAAACAUUUGGAAAUCUUUGGAGAGGAUGUUUUGACCAUGUUUGACAAAUAUGGCUGUAAGCAGUCUCCUGUAGUGCAUAUCACAGAAGACAAAAGUCCACUUCAUUCUUCACAAAUAGCAGAACAAGAAGAGGAAAGUUUUGAUGAUGAGGACAUGAACAAUGAAACUAAAUUAAAAGUUCAGGAAAGGCCAGGUUUUCCAGAUUCUAAUUCUGGCACAGACUCUGACAGUCUUCACAGUGUCUUAAGUUUACCUACAGACACUCGCAGUGGCAUACAGCAAGAUACAUCCUCUAUAGACAGCUUGGUUGACAAGGAAGACUUUUCUAAUGAAAUAGAAUCCAGUCCAACUGUUAUCAAAUCUCAUCUGUCACCAACUAACUUGAGUAGAGACUCUGGUCUUACUUUAAGUGAUACACAACUUUAUGAUGAAGAUGCGGGAUUGGAUUUCACAGCCAAUUUUAAAGUCAUCAAAGAUUCUCCUGUUUUUAGUCGUGCCCUGACGCCAAGAAGAUAUUACAAAAAUAAAUCUAAAGAAAGGGACAAAGGUCUUGAUUCAUUAAACAGAACUCAGAAAUUCAUGAACAAUUCUUCCGCUACUUCAUCAGAUUUGACAUAUUCAUUGGGAAAUGAUCACAUGUUGACUGAAGAUUCCCAUAAUGAAGCAUCCUUUUCUCCAAACCAUCUCUAUUUAUCUUCACAGCAACAUAAAAUGCUAACACAGACUUCUGUGGAUGAAUCUGUUUCCCCUGUAUCUACUCAUGCUAGUAUAUUCUCCCAGUCUGAGGAGGGCUCAGUUCAUUCAGCACCCCAAACUCCUGAUGAUUUCCAUACAAGAUCAUUGGAUUGGAAAGCUAAUGAUAGCCCAAAUCAAUUAGAAAUCCAUGAAUCUUACUUCAGUUUGUCCAAUUUCAGCAAAUCUGAAUCCAAUUUAAAAAUGGAAAGCAGUGAGUAUGAUCAAAAUAAUGAGAAGAAAGUGCUUGCUUUGAAAAAUGACAAACGCAAAGUGAAGAGAAACUGGAAAUCACAUGAAGCUGAAGAGGUGAUGACUCGUAGGAGGUAUCAGCCUCGACUUGUUCUUCCUCCCAGAGAGAUAUCUGUGGAUGAAUCAAGUCCAUCACCUUCUUUUGCAGAGCCCAAAACUCCUCUCAAGCAUAACAUUCCAGUGGAUCAUAUUAAAGGUUCUCCACCUCCAAAUGUUAUUCUUCAAAGCUUUCAUCAAAGUUCACAUUCAAAUCCUCAUGAGAUACACAAGAAAGCCGUUUCCUCUUCUAAGAGUUUAGAUGGAGUUUUUAUGAAGGAUGCCAUUCAGAAGAAAUCUAGUUUCAAAAUCAAUGCUCAUAAUUUCCAAAGUGGACAGACUCCCCAAGAUAUGCAGAGUGUUUCACAGCAUGUCUUGGGAAAUUGCAGAGAGCCAAUAGAAAUAACUGAAUAUGAAAGGGAAAAACAAAAAGAAAUCAGUGCCAGAGCAAAGGCAAUUUAUGAAGACUCCUUACAAAAGUAUUAUGAAAAAAGUGAAACAAUAUCUUCAGAUGUUUUAUUUCAUGUUAAAAAAGGGCAAAGGCCUAAAAUGGUUCAAAGGGAUAACCUUAAACCCAAAGACAAUAAUGUGAUAUUUGACUGUUCAGUAGAGUCUCCUUCAAACAGUUUACUUCUGAAGGAAGAAUCUGACAAAGGUUCUUAUUCAACCCUUAACCAAUCAAUGUCAGACAACCCAGAACGACUUACAUUGGAUUCAUCUGCACAUAUUUCAAACACUUCAAAUGAGAAUGUGAAUUUAAAUGUUAAAAAAAGUCCUAAGGAACUUUAUUUGGAGAGCAUUAAACAAAUCCAGGUCACAGAAGGCAUUCCACAUAACCAGAUGAAAGGCAAGCUAUCACUUCAAUCAUCAUUGCCAAAUGUAUUCAGUAAAUUACCCCCAAACUCAUCAGAACAGUGUUCAAAGCCUGUAUCAUCAGAUGGCCCCAGUAUUUUUAAGAGUAUAGUCAAUGACUUGCACAGAAGUCAGAGUGAUGCUAGGGAUUUUAAAGUUAAAAAUCAGGUUUCAGAAAAAUUGAACAAUAAAACAUUCGAUGAAAAUCUACAAGAUGUUGAAACAGAAGCUAUAAAUAGAAGCAAGGAGUUUGAAAUUACUUCAGAGGACUUGCAUCAAAACUUUUUAAGAGCCAAAAAUGUUUUUCAAACUGUGAGUCAACAAGGAAAGGCUGAACGUGCGUACAUGUCCCCUACCAAUCCUUUCAAGUCUUCAAAUGAAAGGCUGCUCUCCAAGACAUCACCUUUGAUUGGCAACUAUAAAAUUGAAACUCUUCCACCUGCUCAAAAUAAAGCAGAUGCCAAUCCUCUAACUGCUUCCAAAUUUCAGACAAUUGAAGACCCUGUGCUGAAUUCUAAACAUAGGGUGAUUGAAACCCCACUUUCUGCUUCCAGGCACAAAUCUGUGUCCACCAUUGAGCUUUCUAAUUUAAGAGACCAUGAUAACAUAAGUAAAACAAAGGCAGAGUUACCCUGGAGUGUUAAAAAUCUGAAAUCACAAUGGGACAAAGGAAGUUCAAAGCCUUUAUUUAGCAGCAACUCUUUUAAAACUAAUUCUGUUUCAGCUUCUGAACAAAACUUAUCCUCUUUAAAUUCAACAAAGAUUAUUAGAGAUGUUGACAACAAAAUAAACCCAAAUAAUGUUACUUCAGCUUCUCAACAAAAUUUAUCCUCUUUAAAUUCAUCAAAGAUUAGAGAUAUUAACAACAAAAUAAACCCAAAUAUUUACUUAUGAAAGUUUAUCAGAAAGAAGUAGAUCGUUUGUUGCUCGAAAAUCAAGAGAAAAUUCAAGCUAAGACAAUGAUGUCGGUUGUGUUUGUUGUUGGUUUGAUGCCCCUUUAUAGCAUAAUGCAUGUAUACAUUUUCAGAUUCUGUAGUUUUGUAUUUGACAAUCAAAAUUUGUUUAUAGUUCAUUGUUUAAUAUUUGACAAAAAACUUAAGAACAUUCCAUCAUAAUAUGUGAUAUUCAAAACAAAAUGUAUAUGCAAAGACAGUUACGAAGAUUCACUUUCAACUUCCUUAGGAUCUAUAGAUGUGUAUGAUUAUACAUCCUAUUUGAUCAUUUCUGACUUUUAAAAGAAUUAAUUCAGUGACAUUCCCAUGUUUCCAUGUACAGCAUAGGGCUGUGAGAUUACAUCUAUACAAAGAGAUUGUUGGCAGCAUAUCUUUAUGUGUAUCAUUUUCAAUGUCAUAUCAUUGAAGAGCUCUUGUCCUAAUGAUAAUUAGCAGGACAAAACUCUUUGUUUCCUUCCCCUGAUAUCAUAAAGACAAUUCUCUUCUAUAGCGUUUACUUUUAAAGGAUUGCAUUAGCCUUUCAACUUUUGAAACCAUAUGAUGGGUGCUGUUUUAAAUUAUCUGGAAUAAUGACUGUUUUCCAUAGUCUAAGCAUGCUGGAACAAGUUAGAAUGAAACAGGUUUUUACAUUUUAAUAAAUGGCUAAUUGAAACUGGUGGUUUGGAUACAGAGAUUUCAUUCCUUGGCCAAGAUCAUCAUCCUGUGUUCAUAAGAGAAAAAUGAAGAAAAGUUACAAAAGAACAGCUGGUUUUGAACAGAGCUAAUGGCUUUUGAAAGAGACAAAAGGACAACCUUGGUUCCAUGCAUUGUUACAGCACUUUAGGACAAAGUAAGGGAGAUAUACUGCGCUGACUGUGGUUAUUUAAGGAUAGCAUUGCGUUUGCCAUAGCUUCAUAUUCAUAUUUAAUGGAAAAUAAGUAACUAUUCAAUAUUUAGUUAAAUUUGCAUACAUAAAAGUGGUCAAAUUAGUUUGUAUAUUCCAGUAUCUUUCUAUUAUUUAUUCUAUUCAGGGUAACCAACAAUAACUUUUUCUUUGCCAAUUGGGGAGAAAGUUACUUUGUACUUUGAUGUCUAAUUGUAUCAAUUACUCUUUCCAAAUGUCCCAUUCUUUGUAUUUAUUUAUUCUGUUGUUAACAAUUAUACAAACAAUACUCUUUAAUAUUGAUGUAUCCCACACAUGUUGCAAUACUUGUUUCUGAACAGAAACAUUACAUUCUUAUGUAAUAUCCUUAGUCACAAGGUGUAGCCUUCAUCUUUAAAUGUCUUGAUACAAAUAAUUACAGGAAUAAAGGAAAGUCAUGUUAUGUAUUUAUGAUUGAAUAGUUGUCUAACUUAGUAAUAAUUUUAAGCCAAUUCGUGACUCUUCUGCUGAAAAAAAAACAAUGCUUGUUAUUAAGAAUACGUUUAAGAUGCCUACCACAAUAAUUACAACUUGGAUUAAUGUUUGUCAGUUUGUAUACUCAGACAUCAAGUAGUAUUAAUUUUUUAAAAUAGAUAUUAUCUUUAUAAUAUAAAAUAGAAAUGUACAUUUUGUUAGCAAAUUCUUAAACUUGAUUUAGACUCUUAUUACCAUAAUAUUAUAGAAACUUUGUAAAAGAAAUAUAUGUCAGUGCUGGAGUCAAUGAAAUUGUUAUACUCAACUACCUCAGAAACUGGAAUAACAUUUCAAUCACCACAACUAUAUACAGUGAAAUCUUCAGAGCUAGACAUAGUGUAUGAAAAGUUGCUUGUAUUCCAAAUCUCGUACAAUUAUCUAAGCCAAUGUUCUCUUAACAAAAACUAGGAAGAUUGUCUGAAGAAAAGAAAAUGUAUUAGAAUCCAGAAGAAGAAGAAAAUAAAAUUUAUAAAAAAUAAUAAUUCAAAAUGUAUGCAUAUUAGUUAUAAACUAUCAAUCCAUUUAAAGUAGCUGGAACUACUUCUGUUCCAGUUCUGCCACUGUCAUUUGCCAAACUGUAAACCUACUUUGUUGUCUUUUGUUUGUGUACUUGACACUAAGUUGAUGUACAAGGUCUUUGUCUUUUCAUAGUGACAUUUGAGAUCAGAGUUGAAUGUUUUCUAUUGUUACUUCUUGCAGCCUAUUUUUGGAUUUAGGUUUGUGAUUCUUGUAGCUACAUUUUGAGUUAGCUGCAUCUAGAAGUUUUUUUUUUUUUUAUUGAUUUUCUUUGAAACUACCACCACAGUAAUCUCAUUGCAGUAUUCACACCAUUUCACUGCAAUAAAUGUCUUUGAGGCCAUUGUCAGAGGAGUAGGCAGUAGAACCAUUGGUACAGUUGGUCAAGAGACAUAAUUGAUAGUUCUUUGUCAGGCUAUUCUAAGGUAAUACAUCAUCAGUAUUCUAGAAACAUUUCUGCCAUACAAGUCUCAGUACUGCUGAUCUCUUUGAUUUCAAAUAUUAUAGUUGCUUAAUUUAGAUUGUAAAUUUUGAAUAUGCAAUUUGAACAAGUGCCAGUUUUAAAGAGAUAUAACUUAAUAUUUCAUUGUUUAUUUAUGUAAAAAAAAUAAUUUGUUAAUCAAAUACCUUGUUUGUAUUCUAAAUGCCCAGAAAUCCUUGAACUGAAUCAUUGCUUCUGAGUUUAUAUUGCUAAAUGAUGUUUCAGUAUAGCUGAGGGGAAUUAUUUAUGUAUUAUCCUUUAGGCUACUUAUCUUUGUAUUGAAAAGUUUAUUUUGAAAAAAAAUGUUUUUUUACAACUAAGAUCAGAGCAUUCCAAUCAUUUGAAUAAAAAGUUUCAUAAGACCUUAAGGACCUUAUUCUCAAGUGUUAUAAAAUCUAAGUAACUUUGCAGCUGAACAGUUUUUCCCACAUAUCAAACAUAAUUAGUUCUAAAUAUAAUUUUGUUUUCCUACAUUGUAUCUUCCAAUUGAUGUAAAUAAAAUGUGAUUUCUUUUAAUGUAAAAUCAAUCAUGGGUUUCCUAUUGUAUUUUAUUUUUUAAAAAUAUAGAUUCUUAAUAUAGAAAUUGUGUAUGAACAAAUCAUACUAAAAAAACUAAAGAUAUUGUUAAUAAAUUAUUUUGUACUUAACUAAUGAACAAAUGCACUCUAGAACUGAUAGUAAAACUAAUGAGUUCACUAUUAUGCUAUUUGCACUAAUAUGUUUCACACUGGUGCUGUAUAAAUAAUGGUCCCAUUGUUGUAGUUUUAAAACUUGCUCAUAUAUUGACUUACAUUUGUUCUAUGUUCAUAAAUAAAUUUAAUAAGCAUAA